AUGAGUGGAUCUGAGCUGACGAUGACGUCAAAUCACGCAAAAGGCCUUCCGAAGAGUCACUACGCUCUCACUGUCAGGUUGGCAGGGGAGCUGAUUAGGUUUUUAAAAAGCCGAAGACUUGUUUUACAAGAAAAAGUUUCUGAUUGAAAGUCGACGUGAAGAUAUGAUUUUCGAAUCUCAGAGAAAAUCUCCAGUUACACGAUUUUUGAUUUUGCUCUCACGUCCGGUCUUACUUGAGCAAAUGGAGUUCUACUUCUGGAAAUGAGUUACUGCGUAGCUAUUUGGAAAUCUGUGCGAAGUUUCCAAGUCAUUCAGAGCCCACUGCAGAGAGUUAUGCUCAAAUAACCAGCUGAAAUACCUUUAUGGCCAGUACUGUAUUUUCAAUUAAAAUCAUAGCUCAACAUAUCAACACAAAACAUUGUUAAAACAAUAUUCGGGACCCUAGUACUUGGUUUUGCGAAAGCCCCUGGCGUCAAUCACACUGCCUGGCAUCUUCUCUGCAUAGAAUUGAGCAAAGUGUCGAUGGUAGACAUGGGGAUCUGAUUCCAUUCAGACAGCAGUUGAGCAAACUUCUCGUUGCAAUUCUUGGCUCUUUUGUUGGCACAACGUCGCUCAACUCUUCCCAGAGAUGUUUCGAUCGGGUUCAGGUCCGGAGAUUGACUUUGGCCACCCCAUGACAGAGUGACCCGACGGCUCUUGAACUAGUCCUGAGUUUCAAAAACCAUACGAAUUACUUGUCAAUUUUUCUCACCUUGACGAACAGUGAAGUGUGUGCUUGGGAUCGUUAUCCUGUUGAUAAACUUACUCACGGCCCGUGGCUCUCAGGCGCGUGCAACAUCUGGUUCUGGAGAUAUCUUUGUAGACGAUGCUUGUCCAUGACGCCGUUCACGCGAUGAAAAGCGGUCCGACGCGCUUCCAGAGAGGCGCCCACACACCAUGCAAGAACCUCCACCAUGCUUUCACGGUGGGUAAUUGGUAUUUCGGAUGAUAUCUGGACCCAAUUGGUCUACGAACCCACUGAAUUCCGUCACUCCCGAAGAGGAGGAACUUGCUUUCGCUCCGGACACAGAGUCUUGUUCCAGUCUUGACGGGUCCAGUCGAGAUGCUCCUUCGCCCGCCAUCUGGCAGCUCGGAUUCUUUUCAAGAAACGUCGGCGGUUUCUUCACUGGACGUCUUCCCAUGAUUCCGCAGCAGUCAGACGUCGUUUCACGGCUCGAGACGGAUGGCGGAGAUGGCGAAUUCAAGAAACUUCCCGUCUGA